UCCCAGCCCCACUCUUCUCUCAUCAACACAAGCAUCAAUCAGACUUCAUCUCAGUUCAUUCACAACCACAAAGUCUGCACUCUACACUCGAGAACUAGCUACUCCAGUACUCUUCAGUCAUCACCUACUUCAGAGUUUCAGACCACCAGCACACAGAGAGACCAUGGCGGGUGCGGCUAAGGCAUCUUGGAUGGUGGCGAUGAGCGUCGGCGCGGUGGAGGCGCUCAAGGACCAGGCCGGACUCUGCCGGUGGAACUACACCCUCAGAUCCAUCCACGGGGCCGCCAAGGGCAGGGCCAACGUUCGCGGCGGCGUCUCGCAGGGCGCCAAGCAGCUUCCUGCCUCUGCUGCGGCGGUGGCCGAGAAGCGGCGAGCCGAGAAGGCCGAGGAGGGGCUGAGGACGGUGAUGUACCUCAGCUGCUGGGGUCCCAAUUAGGAGCUGCAGCUUGGUAGUGGUACUAGCUAGGCGUGUGUGUGUUUGCUGCAACAACCAUGGCCUACCUGGUUGUGGCUUCCCGUGGAAUCCCCCAUUGUAAAUACCACGAAGAUGAUGAUGACAAAUUUCUGCUACUUCAGUUCA